AUGGCACCUUACAAAUUUUAUGCCUGGGCUCAGGCUGGAGACUAUAUACUCUGGGGGAGGGGAGACAAUGAGAAACAGGUGCAACACAUCAGGGCAGGUAAUCACACAAGAAGGAGACACACAAGGGCAGGAAGUGAAGGACCUGAAACAAGACAAGAGACUCUGUCAAGGUCACAGGUGAUCACCAUAACAAUGGAGAGUUUCAACGAGCUUCUCCUUAAACUGAGGGAGGUCCAUGAGCGAGAAGUGGAUGGGUGGCAGGCAAAAGUCCAAGAGCUGUCCAACAAGAAGGGCUGUGAUACAAAGCGAAUGGAGGAGCUGUUCACCAGAAACCAGCAGAUGAAGGAACAGCAGAGAUUACUCACAGAGAACAUCAAAACACUGGAAAAUAGGCUGAGGGCGGGGCUGUGUGACAGAUGUACAGUAACUCAGGAGGUGGCCAAGAGAAGGCAGCAGGAAUUUGAAGUCUCACAGAUGCAGAGCCUCCAGCACAUCUCUCUUCUGGCGGGAGAGAUGAACAACCUGAAAAAGGAGAACAGAAGACUGAGAAAUGAGAUUGGGAAUUUAAGAGCAGCACUGGACAGAGGUCACAGUGACCACUCCCCUAACAGCAGCAUCACCACAGAGGUCAAACCAAACAGCUCCCCUGACAUUUCUCCCUCUUCUGGACCUGUGGCUCUCAUCACCGCAGCAACCAGCUGGGCCACCAGGCAGCCAGCAGAUGGCGAUGUUGCAGUGAAAACUGAGGUGGACCAAAAGGCCGAAGGUGAGGAAGAAAAAGGAACUGGGAGAAAAAGUUUUUGCUUUUGUUUGUUUUCUCUGUCAACUUCCAUGCCACCAUCGUGGAAGACUGAACAUAAUGUAGCCUGUGCUGGAGAGAGGAGUGUGGAAGGACUGGACCAGCGAUCCUCCAUCCCUCCUCAAGCUCUCCUUCUUAAGAACUCUUCUUCCUCAGCCAGUGGAGAAAUGAAUCCCAGCAGACAUGUGCUCCAUGCCCCCGUCCCCUGCCGUCCUCAACCAGUCAAGAGCAGCUCUGUUACUAUCCCCUGGCCCUUAUCUGAAACCUCUGACUGGAUGUCUAUGGCUGCUGGAGGCACCGGCCUGUCGGUGCAACCUUCUCCCAAACUGAAUCGGACAUGUUUUCCCAACCUGAUCCCAACUAGCCAACACGCCAGCCAUUCCAGUCCCCGAGGGCAGGUGUCAGGGUCUCACUGGCACAAGCAGAGCAACUCUCAGCCCUAUGCUAAAGAGCCGACUGUGGUGUUCAGGUUGAGGAGUAUGUCAGAGCAUGCAGGGAGUCAAACUAAACCCAAGGAGAAAAAGGAAAUCCCGCCAUCCAAGGCUGAGAGGGUCUCUGGAGAAGGGCUUAGAGAGGCGUACGAGGGGCCUCUGGACCUGUCAGAUCAAGGAAAGUCCAAAUCCAGCCAUCCACCAAGAGGUGAUUCACCCUUAGUCUUACAAGGUGAAGAGAGUCUACAGAAGAGCCCUGACAAGGAUAUGAAGACAAAUCCUGCUGCACACGUACCAGUAUCAUCAACUUCACCUGCCGUCCCUCGCUCAUCCUCCUCUACACCACCAGUCAAACAAGAGAAAGAGCCUUACAAUGAUCAAAACCACAAGGUCAUCAAAGAGCAGGAGAAGAAAGAGGAGAUGAAUGGAAAGACAGACCAAAGCAACGGGAAGAAGGUGCCUGUCCUCACCAUAUCAUUACGUCCAGUGGUAGUACUGGAGACCCUCAAUUCUGCUCUGCAAAAGCAAGAAUCCUCAUCAACAAAUGCCAAGACAUCAUCACCAGCAGCUGAGCCAGUAAGCAGCUCAGAGGAGCAGGACGAGGAGAGUGUAUCGGGACAGAAGAGCAACCGGGGCUGCAAGAGGAAGAGGGCAUUUGUGGAGACAGAAACUGACAGAGACUCCGACACAAACAACAUCCAGCAGGAGAGGAAGGUAGAGAUCACAGUGAGAACUGAGAAGAGCCCCAGCUAAAGAGGACACGGAUGAUAUUAUAUUGACUCUGUGAUCUCACUUAAACCUACAUUCAUUGAUUUUUUUUUUCACCUGGGGCAACACAACAGCUGUA